AUGAGUAAGAAAACUGUCUUGGCCUGCCUUCUUGUUCUUGCCAUUGGCAUGCCACUGUCCAACGCUUCUUGCUUCAUUUGGCCAUUUAAGCCGGGGUUGUCUGACGGUGGUAUCAUAGGCUGCCUUGACUCAGAUGCAAAGCUGUAUGAAUUUGAUUCCCAGUGGAAGACAGACAACUGCUAUGAUUGCUCCUGUUCCAGGAAUGGAAUUAGAUGCUGCACCAGCUUUAUGAAAUCAACUGGCUAUGAUAAAAAGAAGUGUGUAAGCAUUUUCAACAAGAUGACCUGCACUUACAAAGCAGUGGAGAAAGAUAAUAACUCAAAGGAAUGCCCAGUCUUUGACUGGGUGGGAUAA